GUGUUACGACAACAAUUGUGUUGUUGCAAAAUUUAAAAUCACUUUACCGUACGUAUAUUGGUUUUCUUUUGUCGUUUGUUAUAAAAACACGUGUAUCGAGGAAGGCUGUUUCGUGUUGUGUAUUGCUAUCAAGAUUGUGCGUUUUAUACGGUCAUCAUAAAUAUAUAAACGGUGCGGUAGAGUGAAUCGAAGAAAUUACGCCCUAUAUAGAAAGAUCUGCAGCUCCACCCCCGCCUCCUGGCCCAGUCGGUGCUUUGCCUUCUACAAGACUUCAGUCAGAGAUUGGACCUAGAAGUUCAGAACCACCACUGGUUGUUCAAAACGCGAUGAUGACAAAAGAUAAAAAGCCCUUUACAUAUACACCAGGCGGAAUAGAUUUAACGGAGAUUAGGUCACCCAGAAUGGCCAGACGUUUAGAAAAGAAUGCCGCCUCGGAAGGUGUUCAACUAAAUCCACAAGUGAUGCAUAACCAACCAUCGGGUCCUUUACCUCCUUCCGCAUUAGCAGCGAUGCAACCGGCAAUGCCAGUACAAGUUUUUCCCAAUGGUCAAAUGCCUCAACUUGGAAAAGGCGGUGUACCACCACCACCUCCACCUCUGAAUCACGCUGGCUCUCCACCACCGCCUCCCAUGCAAGCAAACAAACAAGCGAACAGAAAAUCCGCCGUUUCUCCAAUUCCCCAAAACUAUGAACGUCCUGAUAUGACCAAAAUAAUUCCGGAGAAUCCGAUGGCUCUUCUUCGAAAAUCACCCGGACCAGUUGUCAAACAAGAUCCGAUAUUAAACAGAGAUAACUAUAUCAACUCUGGAUUAAAUCCCUUGGGAAAUCAGGCGCCCCAGGAGCACCUUUCAAGCCAACAACCCCAGUCUCCGGAGAUAGUGAAACCCAGACCGCAGAUUGGCACACCGUAUAGUCCCCCUGCUGCUCAACCACAAAACAAUAUCGUAUCACCGCCUGCCACUUUGAGAAAACAACCUCAGUCGUUUGAAAAUAGAGUACAAACGCCCCCGAGUCAACCAAGCCCUCCACCUUUUGUAGUUCAAAGACAAAGGACUCAGAAUCAACAAUCUCCAGAUAUCCCAGCCAAAGUAAAAUCACCACCACCUCCACUUCAGAGACAACCCACGUCUCCAGAAAGUCCAGGUUCUCCUAAAGUAAACCUAAAUAAAGCACCGACUCCUUGGCUUAGUCAAAAGGCUCAACAGAAAGAUGUACCACCAUGGGCAGUUCACGAACAAAAUAAUGAAGUAGAAUACAGUAGUCCCACACAGCAACCUUCGACACAAUUACCAGGUGGCGCAAGGAUAAUUCCAAUGCAACAACAAUCUCCACAGCUUCCUGGAGGCGCCAGGAUCAUGCCGAUGCAACAGCCGUCCACGCAAUUACCAGGAGGCGCCAGAAUAAUACCAAAUCAUCCAGUACAACAGGAGGUACAGCAGAAAUUCGUUUCAAACCACAACGUUAACGGUUCAAAUCGUCCAAACCAGGACUUUGGAUCACCACAGUAUAACAAUGUGGUCGUAAACGAUCCCCCCGCCGUAUUUCAAGGUCCAGGGCGUGAUCAGAGGGUCGUUUAUCAGCCUGGACGCUCACAGCAGCAACAAUCACCCAAGGUCGAUUCGUCAGGAGCUAGAAUUAUACCAAUUCAAAUAGAAGGUGCUUCUAAUUCUUCGGGUGUGCAGAAACAGCAAAGACCGUAUGUGCAAAAGAUUUCUGGAGCACCACCUCCAAUUGAGAACCGACCUGCUUAUAACAGGCAGCAAAGUCAAUCGAAUUCGUUCAGGGUCCUUCAGAAAAUGACAAAUACUGACGUUGAUGUGGAUAACGAGCCUGCAAUCGACUGCUCUCCUAGAACGGCACAACAAUUUCAGCAACAAAGACAAGUACCAGUCGAUCAGCUGAGACAAAUGAAACUAAACGAUGGCGAUCAAGAGUUCGUGAACAGGUUCAAGCAAGGUGAAGAUCAGAAUGCCUCCCUGCAUAACGAAGUUGAUCCUCGAUACAGAGGUGCAGCUAUUCCAUCUAAAGCUUUCAAACUCCUCCAAAAUAUGACAGACAGUACUGAUGGGCAUCCCGUUCCUUCCUCGGUUCCCCACGCACAACCGAUCAAUCGUGUUCAUCAACAGCCCCAGGCUCAGCAUCAACCCAAGUAUCAAAAUCAAAACCAGAACCAGAGUCAGUCUCAAGCAAGAGAAAGGACAAUUCCUAUUCAAAUAGAAGGAAAUAAUGGUCCUAAGAAGUACGUCCCUCCGAGUGAGCAGAAAGUACCAGAACCAAAGAAAUACACCGGAAGUGCGAUUCCAAGCCGAUCCUUCAAGAUUUUGCAAGCUAUGACGGCACCCGAAAACUGUGCGGACCCUGAACCGGAUAGCGAAAAUUAUACGAACGACCCCUCCUCAUACGAACAGUGGGGUCCUGGUCCCAAUAAUCCCUUCCCCUACUAUUAUCCCUACGGUCCCGAUAUGCGUUACGAUCGUAGAAAUUGCGCCACUCCUACAGUCGAACUGAGGAGGAAAAAAAGAAUUUCAAAAACCUCAAACAGAAGAAAAUCUUUCCCUUAUUCUCCGUCCAUGGAAAACGAAUACGCUUCUGAGUAUGAAAGUGAUACAAACUCGUCAGUUUUUAAGGGUUCUACUACCCCCCUACGUGAUUUUGAACAAGACUUUAGUUCUCGUCCCCGUGGUACACCUGUUCCCUUUUGGUCUUUCUAUCCACCACCUCCAUUCAAUCCGGAAUAUGGUUAUGACAAUGGUGGUGAUCCCCACCACAUGCCAUAUCAGUAUGGCGCCCCCUAUCCUCCCAUAUGGGAUCCCUAUGCUUAUUACGCUUAUUAUUAUGGACCUUAUCCACCUCCUAUGCGUGGGAGAAUGCCUGCUUUUUCUCCCUACAUGUUCCCGCCGGCAACCGUGGAGGAUAAUGGAGACAUUUCCGGAUAUUCUUCUGCGGAUGAAACGGUUACCUGCAGCUCCAAACAAACUCCUACUAGACCACACUCAGUUAUGAGAGGAAGAAGUGAGACUCCUACUAUCAAAAUAACCUCUUCCGGUCGGGAAUCAGUAAACAACUCUCAAAUAAAUGAUGUGAUAUCGAAUUGUGAACAAAACAGUAAAGAUUUAAGAAUUAGUAAUACUUCUCCGAAAAAUAAUGAAAACACUGGUUCAAAACAAACGAGAAUAGAUAACGCAGAAACAUUGGAUUCUAGUACAUCUGAUAAUUCUGAUGAUUCCGAUACUAGUUGUGAUUCUGACGAGGAACAAAAUUAUCGAAUAAAUCCUUUAUCAACUAUUCCAUCCGUUGCAAAUGUUCAAGCAUACGACGUGGAAGAACAAUCAGAAAAUGAAGAUGAUGCCGAAUGUGUAAAUGAAGAUGACCGCUCAUCGGUGUGCUGUAACGGCGAAGCUCAUCUUCUAAGUACCAUAGACGAAUUGAGUGAAAGAACAGAUAUAACCGAUUCCAAAGUAAAUAAAGAUCGAACAUGUGACAGCGAUGACGAGACAACUGCUGUUCAGUCUGAGGAAAGUGAUGACGAAGAAAAAGAAGAUGAUUCGUUCUGUGAAGUUCUAGUUACGGUUAAUAUUCCUUUAAAGGUGAAACACACGGUUUCCGAUAAUAGAAACGAAUCUUUAGUAACCACAGUUGGAAAUUCAGAAAUUAAAGAAGAAUUUAGUAGCCAAACAGAACAUACAAGCGAAUUGUUUACAUCAUUUACGUUAAGAAGUCCGUCCAGGGAAAGAACCCCAGGAAAAUCGGGAGAUCAGUAUGCUCUACACUCAGAAACGAGUCCUGAGGGAGGUGACAUAAAUAUACGUCGAGAGUUUGUUAAACAAGACAGCGUGGUAUCGUGUGAGAACGAAUCGACAGAUACUGAUGCAGUGGUUAAAGUUGUUAGUGUAGAAACGAAAACUGUAACUGAAAAACUAACUAUAAGCCCUACAAGCAAUCUUGAUGAAUUAAAACAAGAGAAAGCAGUGUCUAAUUCUGUUGCUGAAACAGAAGAAGAAGUCGACUGGUGGGGUAAAAUUUCAGAAGACACCGAUGAGAAGAACAAUGCCGAGAUAGUGGUUACCUCAACAGAAACAACUGCAUCAGAAAAUGAAUAUGCAGAAGAAGUAAAACAAAUUAGUACUCCAAAUGACACGAACAUACAAGAAGCACAGAAAGAAACAAAUGAUGAAGAAGAAGUUGAUUUUUGGGCUGAAAUAAUAGGAUCUAAUGACGACGUUGUUUCUUAUCGAAGAAACAGCAUUUCUGCUACAAAUAAUUCUAAAGCAGACUCUCCUGAAAUGGAAGAGCAGGAUUUAGAAUCUCAAAAUAAGCCAGUUCUUGAACACUCUGUUAACUCUAGUUCUAUUAGCAGUUGUAACAAUAGUGUUGAAAGAAAUGUUGAAGAUAUGGUCACAUCAGAUUGUAGUAGUUUUCAAGAAGCUGAAUCUUCAAGAGAUCCGCCUGAACUCAACUGUGAGUCCCUAACGGAAUCUUCUUCCACUUUUGUAACACAAAUCGAAAACGUUUCGGAAUGUGAGGAAGAAAACAAAAUCGAAGAGAAAAUAGAGGAUAGUCCCAUGUACAUAGCAACAAGUAGCGUUACACAAACCGAUGUCAAUAGGAAUACUGAAAAUGAAGAUAGAAUAGAAACGGUUAUUGAAAAAGAUCAAGAAUUCGUUCCGUUAUCCAUAAAAGAACGAAUAAAAGCUCUUGAAAAUGCCCGCAAAGCAAGUAAUAGGCAGAAAGGAGACGAAGAUCAAGAAAUUAAGAUUUCCGUCAAAGACAAGGUGUCUGCUAUUGAAGAAAACAACUUCCUUCUAAGCGUAGAAAAUUAUUCAAGUAAACGGAGUUCUGUUUCUGGUAAGAAUAGUGUUAAGUCGUUUGAAGAGUGCAGUGAAGUAGAAGAUGAAGAAAUAGAUUCGGGCGUCACAUCGGAUAUAAGCAAACACGUUUCGGAACACGAAGCUGAUCAAGAUUUUCCGAAUUUAAGAAAAAUGAAUAAAUAUCAACGCGCAUCGACUCAUUCAAGAUUGUUCAAAUUACUUCAAGACGAGAUCGAAGCCGAAGACGAGGCGGAAAGGUUAGCCCAUGAAACCAACAAUUCGGCUAAUUUAUACAUCAAUAGAGACCAUUUAGAUUUACCACUAAAAACAAACGCUUUAGAUUCCGAAAGCGGAAUAAACUCACCAGCUUCGCCGGUCAUAAACGAAGGCCUAGUUAACGAAUUAGUUCAAAGCCUUUUAAUGAAGAAACAAGCGAAAAUUUUCAAGAAAAUGCCCAUGGAGAAGCUUCAAGCGGCUGCAGUUAAAAUUCUCAAAGAAGAUGUGGAUGUUUUCCAACAAUCUCCAGACGAAGUGGUUAAUUUCCUUUCGCCAGUAACUAAUUGUACUGCUGACUCGACUGCCAUACACACUCCCCAGGAAUUUUAUUCUAAUGCUGCAGAGUACAUGCAGUAUUACGAUUCCUGGGGAGACCCAGAUCAUUCCUGCGACUUCUCUUACGACAUUCUGCCAUCGAAAGUGUUCAAGUUCAUACAAGAGCACACUGCCACAAACAAGACUGGUUCGAUUACGGGUUUUACAAUCAAAUGUCCUAGAGUUUUAAGUUCGAAAAAUAUCCUAAACGAUCCCAGCCCUGUCCCUCCAAAUCCCCCACAGCAAAAUGAGGCUGCCAGCGCCUCUUGAGGCAAUUGAGGAGUGGGAUUGUUAAAUUACAAUCAAUUCGAAAUUUUGCCGGGACCUGCGUAUCACAAGAGGUCCUGGUCAGUCUGACUUGUAAAAAUGGCGAUUUAUAUUUAGUAAAUCGCCUUUAUCGAUUGAUCGAUCUAUGCAUUGAUCAAAGAGAAGAAAACAAAGAAAUCGUUUUUAACGAAGAGAUCGCGCGUGAUGGGUUCUCAUUACAGAAAUUAAUGAUAAUUGUAUCUAUAUAAUUAAUUAAUUGUUACAUCUUUUUGUAAAUAAAUAAACAAAUGGAAAACCCACUCGAUAAAUGUUCUAGAUGUAAUCUGCAUAAUAAGAAUAACAUUAAUAAUAAUAAUUUUAUGCCUCGAUUACUAUAUUUGUGUUUUGAAUAUUUAUUGCUUUAUAAAUUUGCAAUUACUUAUGUCGUUAAUUAAUGUUUAUUAAUAUUUUCCUGUGUUGUUUUUUAUCUACGUAAAUCGAUUAUGUCGUGAUGUUGUUUGUCUUUUUUAUUAUUUUCUUUUUUUUUGUAUGUUUGCUAUCAUACGUAUAUUUGUAUAAUUAUAUGUACAUGACAUAUAAAACUUUGGUAUUUGAGAAUACAAAAAACGUAAUGGUAGUAAUAGAAAAAAUCAUGGACUGUUCUAAUCCGGAUGAAAUUUUCUAUGUCCGCUCUAUGCAAAUAAUAACGUCAUGUUAUGUAAAGGAAAAUCGCAUAAUUUUGGACAUUCUUUUAGUUCUUUUUUUUGUUUGAUAAGAACAUUUUGUUAAUAAUUGUCUUUCUGAUAGAGUAAAUAUGAUACGUAUUUAAUGAUAACAGGGAAGAAGAC